UGGGGGUCAUGAUUUCAUAAUUUUUAUUUUUGUGCCAUUGCAACUAAAUUGUUAAAUUGUUUCCAUUUGAUUCUCAAAAUAGUAUGUUGGGUAUUGCAUAAAGCUAACCUCAAGUGUAAAUGUGUUACAGUUUAUCAGUAUGCAGAAUGCUCAUGGGAGUCCCCCCCCUCUCCAUCUUCCCCUACAGUAUGUAUGUGGAGUGACUUAAAGUUAGUGAUCACCAAUCAAACAGCGCAACAACGUCACCUGUCUGCAAUAAGAGGAAUAGAAAAACUACCCAGCACCUGGGAAAAAUAUUAAAAACAACCCAGUAAAGUGACCCAACAGACUGAACCCAGCAUUUUUUAGAGUUUAGGAAACAUCUCAUAUCAUCCAGUUAUAUGAAUAUGGACAAGUCACUCGGCCUGAUCUUUCUGUGGAUCUGUGUGGGGUUUGUGUGUUUCGGGACACAUGCUGCUCUCAUGGAGAAACUGGCAGACUUCAAGAUCUGUGCAGACAAGGACUGUUCAUAUGUGCUUUCAAUGGCUAAGGUUCUUGAAGACUACGUCGCUUCAGACUGCAGAUACAUAAACCUGAGGCGAGGCCAGAUGAUCUAUGUGUUUUCUAAACUCAAGCCUGCAGAGGGAGCCGGAGUCUUCUGGUCUGGAAGUGUCUAUGGGGAGCGCUAUGUAGACCAGAUGGGUGUGAUUGGAUAUUUCCCCAGUAACCAUGUCAAUGAGACUCACGUUUUUCAGAAGAAAACAGUUGAGAUCCCAACCACUGACAUGGACUUCUUUUGCGCUUAAAGACAGCAACUUACGCCAGCGGUUCUCAACCAUUUUGACUCUAAGGCCAUUGUCCAUUGUUCACAACAAUAUUCAAAGACCUCUAUACGCCUAGAUUUGUCUUCAAAACUUAUUUUAAUCUUUGGGUAGUCUACUUCCCAUUACUUCUGUAGAGUAAAACAAGUCACUAAAAAAUGAUAAUUAAAGUAAGAGCUGAAUGUUCUUGAGGGAUCUUACUCUUUUUAACUAAUUAAAUGACACAACUUUUCCAGUCGUUUAUAUUAAGAAUUAAGGAUAGAGAUUUUAAAUGUAUUCUUUCUCACAAUUCCUACAUAAGAACAUUCUGUUGAGCUUGGCAUAAGAAAAAUGUAUAUUCUUUAUAAAAAUGCCCAAAAGUUUUUAAUUAGUCUACCUCAUAUAUCAAGGUUUUCCAAGGCAUUCUUCAAAGAAAAAAAAAAUUGAGGGGGAUACUUAGGGGGAGAGGUGUUUUAGCUUAUUUUAAUGCCUUUUUGACAUAUUUUAAAUCACUGUAAGUCAUCUUGAGGCCCAUUUGGAGGUUUGCUGAAGCCCUCUUGUGGCCCCCUAACCCUGGUUGCUUUAUGUAAUUAAGCAAUUUUUUGUGCAUUUUGACAAAAUAUUUUACUUUGCAUCUGAAACUAGCUAAGGACUGUUGCAUUUCUGAACCUUUAACGGCCUAUUCUGAACCUUUCCAUUUGCUGUUGACUAAAUGACAUUGGCUGUAAUAGGAAAGUAUUUCAGUACUUGUAUAUUAUGGUGUAUAUUUUGGCUGUAUAUACACAACCUCUUGCCACAGUAAACAGGAUGCAUGAAAACUUUUGAGUAGAUCUGAAUGACUCCUUUAACAGACCGCUUAUGUAAAGUCCACAGAGCUUCAAAAUCGUUCAAACUCAUGUGACACAUUUUAUAAGCUUAACUUACUGCUGCACACAAACUCGUAAAAGACAUAUACCAGUCAAAUUCAUUCUUAUUUUUUUCUAAAUGUUGACCUCAUGUAUUCCCGUUUCAUGUUAUGCUUGAAGCAUGUUAUGCUUUACUGAUGCUUGCAUAUAGAACAACCACAGGCUCAGCACCCGCUUACUUGCACUCUCUAUUAACAAACUACAUCCCCUCCAGAAAUCUGAGAUCUGCUAGUGAGCGACGCCUCGUGGUACCAUCACAGAGAGGCUCAAAAUCACUCUCCAGAACAUUCUCGUUCACCAUUCCUGGCUGGUGGAAUGAUCUUCCCACCCCUAUUCGGAGUACUGGAUCCCUGUCAAUCUUCAAGCAACAGCUGAAAACUCAUCUCUUUCAACAGCACUUGACUUCAUCCUAAACUUUAAAAAAAAAAAAAAAAAAUCUUUCUCUUUACUUAUUCCUUCCUUUGGUAGUUUGUACUUAUUUGAACAAUGCCUGAGACUUGGUGUUGAAAGCACUUCGUCUGUCUGAUUGCCUCUUCAAGAUGAAUCGCUUUAUGUAUUCCCCAAUUGUAAGUCGCUUUGGAUAACAGCGUCUGCAAAAUGACUAAAUGUAAAUGUAAAUGUUAUUCAGUAGUUCGUUAGCUCAUAGAUGUCUGCGUGAAUAAAUACGAGUAAAUAAAGGUUGUGGAUGUGGACACAGUGGAAGCCAGCGCUCUCUGU